UGAAACUCAAGGAUGUUGUCACCUUUGCUCGAGUGUCUGAGGCUAGCAUGGUGCCUUUGCUUCCAACAGCCCUCGACCCUCUGACCCUCCCACAUCCAAGGCCAAAUCUUCCCAGCUGGCUGAUCCCAGACUUACUCAGCAUGUCCUUGGCCAUUUGCCCCCUUCCUGGUCCGUGGUCCCUUGGCUAGAGAGAAAACAGUUGGCUUAGGGAUGUCGGAGAUCCCCGUGGCUUAGACUGUCUCCACAUUGGUGGCCUUUGCCACCCACUCCCCACAGCCCCGGGGAGAUGCCCUACUUGAAUGCCCCUCAUCUUGUCCCUGGUCACCUUCCAAACUGUUGUCUAGACCGGGAAUGGUGCCUGGCUUGGAGGAGCACUAUUUAAAGAGCCACCCCAAGCUGUCCCCAGACCUGCCGCAGCACUCGAAAGCACGCCAGACCAUGGCACCCAGAAGAGCCCGCAAGAGAGUAGAAGGCACAGCCAGCUCCAAUGUCUUUUCGAUGUUCGAUCAGUCCCAGAUUCAGGAGUUUAAAGAGGCCUUCACUAUCAUGGACCAGAACCGCGAUGGCUUCAUUGACAAGGAGGACCUGAGGGACACCUUUGCUGCACUGGGUCGCAUAAAUGUCAAGAACGAGGAAUUGGAAGCCAUGGUGAAGGAGGCUCCGGGGCCCAUCAACUUCACAGUCUUCCUGACCAUGUUUGGGGAGAAACUCAAGGGCACGGACCCAGAAGAGACUAUACUGCACGCCUUCAAAGUGUUUGACACUGAAGGAAAAGGCUUUGUCAAGGCUGACUUCAUUAAGGAAAAGCUUAUGACGCAGGCUGACCGGUUCAGUGAGGAGGAGUCCCUAUGUAACCCUCAACUCCCUUUCCCAGGUCAAGCAGAUGUUUGCAGCUUUCCCGCCAGAUGUCUGUGGCAACUUAGACUACAGGAAUCUGUGCUACGUCAUCACACACGGCGAGGAGAAGGACUAGAUGUGUCUCCUCCAUACCUGGAGUCAGCCAAGAUGGGGUUGGGUGGGCAGGGGGCAGUACAGGGCUAUCAUAGGUAGGGAAACAGUCUCCAUCACCCCCGGAGUCCGGAGCUGAAGUGGGAAUAAAUAACACAGAGAUGUGCGUCUGAGUGAUGUUUGCGUGGUUAGCACUCUGGUUGGGAAGAUGGUGAAACAUUCCCUUCCACGCUAGUUUUUCCAAAACUCUUGGUUCCCUUGCUCUGCUCAGCUGUUCCUGAUGAGCUGAUAUUUAAAAGUAAUGGACAUUUGUAAUGCCCCUCAUCUGGACCACAGGGCGUUGACUUCAUUGGCGGGGGGGUUUUAUUGAGCACCUAGCGUCUUUGAGUCUCCUGGAUGAGACAGGGUUGUUCAUGUGCAGGUCGUGAGGACUGUGGGGAGAAAGAGUCUCAGAUGGACCAAAGCUGGGACAGGGUGUGAGUGGGAUGGAGGGUGGGACCGAGAGGGAGAAACUUGGCAGAAGGAGCCGGGCAGAAGCGAAGUUAGGGAGGAGGGGAGAUGGGUUCAGGGACAUUAAAAUGUAGGCAGAGAGCUCUCUACUUGCACGCAUGGCAUCAAAGAUGGUCUACAUGGGGCUAAAGGGGACCUCAUUGUGAUUAAAAACGUCUGCUCACCAAAAGACACCACUGAAGACACCAAAAGAUCAGAGCGAGGACAGAGGAAGAUUCUGGAGGCACAUAGACCUCGACAAAGGUCUCAUCUCCUCUGUGUGUGUUAUACUUAAGUCUGCAAGGGAGUAAUGGAAAAUAUGAGUUACUUUAUUGUAUGGGGGUGUGAAUGCGUAGAUGUUAAGGGACAUAUAGGGGAGUUGCUUCUCUCCUUCCACCAUCGGGGUCCUGGGGAUGAAAUAAAGGUCUCAUCUUGGCAGC